AUGGCUGCAAGUGCAACUAGUACUACUUCUACUUCUACUUCUACAAAUCUCAAAGACCAAAUCCAACCCAUUAAACCCAAACGCCGACGUUGCCGUGAAACCACCAUUACUACUUCUACUAACCCUUCACAUUAUUCGCCCACCAACUGUUCGACACAAUGCCUCAACCAAACUCGUAAAGUUGAUACACCCACUAUUGUCUCACCGGACAACUCAUGGUGUUGUCCUGCAUCUAAAUCACCGUCGCCGUUGCCGUUGCCGUCGCCGCCGCAACCCAUUUCCUCCUGUUCCUCCUCGAUUUCGGAUAAUACCAAGAUCCGAUACUCGCCGACGACGUUCCCUCGAGUAAUGGAAUCUAUCGGCACCCUUUACGGCGGUGGUGGAGGAGGUGGUACUCCGAUCCCAAAUAACAACACCCACGAAGGAUUUCCGUCGUCUUUCAGUAAAUUCAACUCAGCGCUUACGGCGGGGUUGCUGAACCCAAUGUCACCGCCACCUUCUAUGGAUAAGACUCGUUCGAGUCCGACCCUUUUCGAAAUGAUGGCGAAUGAACCUGAAUGUAUUACGAGAUCGACUAUUAACACACCCAUUUCGAAUGGAUGCUCAAAUCAGAAGCCAGCUUCGUUUGUACCACUGGACAAACAGGCGUUAAUGCAACAGCGACUUUUGGAUCUUUUAGCUUGUAGAAGCCCAGGGAAUCAGUUUAAUGAUUCGGGUUCAAGUGAUGUGAAGUUAACAUUGAGUUCUAAGGAUGGUUUGAGUGUUGCUAUGAAUGUUCAUAGGCAGAUCUUGGUGGUUCAUAGUCGUUUUUUCGCUGUGAAGUUGUCGGAGAAAUGGGUAAAGCAACAGAGAAAUUCAGGUCCUUACAUUGUUGAGAUUGCGGAUUGUGAUGAUAUUGAAGUGUAUAUUGAGACUUUGAGAUUGAUGUAUUGCAAGGAUUUGAGGAGAAGGCUCAUGAAGGUAGAUGUUUCCAAAGUCCUUGGGAUCUUAAAGGUUUCUGCUGAAAUUGGGUUCGACGCGGGGGUGUUAUCGUGCCUGGAGUACUUGGAAGCUGCUCCUUGGGCUGAAGAUGAAGAAGAAAAGGUAGCUUCACUGUUGUCUGAGCUUCAGCUUGAAGGAGUAGGUGCUGGGGAAGUUUUAAGGAGGGUAUCUCUUGAUGUUACAUCGGGAACAGAGAAUGGAAAUGGGAAUGAGGAAGUGCUUCUCAAGCUAUUGCAUGUGGUUCUUGAAGGGAAAGAUGAGAAGGCGAGACGAGAGAUGAAAGGGUUAGUAUCCAAAAUGUUGCAUGAGAAUUCAUCUCAUAACGAUUUGAGGAAGGAGUCAUUGUAUUCAGCUUGCAAUGCAUGCCUGCAAUUGCUCCGCCACCAUUUUUUACGGGCAGCAGAGGCAGACAUGAUGGAUGUGGGUCAGAUUGCACGACAGGCUGAUAAUCUACAUUGGAUUUUGGAUAUCUUGAUUGAUAGACAGAUAGCUGAAGAUUUUUUGAGGACUUGGGCUUCUCAGUCUGAAUUAUCUGAAGCACAUUCUAAGGUGCCUGCACUCCAUAGGUAUGAGGUUAGUAGAGUCACGGCUAGACUGUUUGUUGGUAUUGGUAAAGGGCAAUUACUAGCUUCCAAGGUUGCUAGGUGCUCUCUUUUGCAAACAUGGUUAGUGCCUUUCUAUGAGGAUUUUGGAUGGAUGAGGAGGGCAUCAAGAGGUCUUGAUCGGCAUUUAAUUGAGGAUGGUCUCAGCAAUACUAUUCUGACCCUACCAAUGGCGUUGCAGCAAGAUAUUCUGAUGUCUUGGUUUGAUCGGUUUUUGAACUCCGGAGAUGACUGUCCAAAUAUCCAGAGGGGAUUUGAAAUUUGGUGGAGAAGGUCUUUCUGGAGGCGAAAUGGUGAGCCUGAACGCCCUCGUCAAAUGCGUGUCAUGACUGCAACAAUUGAGAACUCUUGAGACUUAACCUGUGAAUGAGAUGAGGUCGACAACCACUCUGUGAUUGUCUUGUUUCAACUCUUGCUAUUCCUCAG